AUGACGAUCUUCCGAGCCGAUGGAGACCUCAGCAAGCCAUUCAAAGACAACGUCCUGCAGCCACGGCUUAGAGCUGCAAUCAGUAGCACUAUGACUGGCAUCGCUGCCGCUGGCUCCGCAUCGAAACUCGACAGUGUUCUAUCCACACUGAGUGCACCAGAUCGACAGCCCGUUAGCUUUGUUCCCUGGACCAGACAAAGUAAUGAGGAUGGCGGUCGCGCACGCGACAGCAUCCCACGUCAGUUGACGACACUCCUCGACGCGCCGAUUCUUGAGAUGCUGCGGGCAAACGACAACCUGCUGAUCAUCGCGGAGAUCUGUUCAUCAAACAAGCAUCCCAUGAAGGAUCGUCAAAUGUGGCACCCCUUGCCGCGCAAUCGUCCAGUGUAUCUCCUCACUGUGAACCCUGACCGUGUCACGCGCCGGACUGGAGAAGUCGCUCAGGUGCUCUCGAGACUUGAUGUAAGAGGUGGUGCGUGGCUGACACAAGGCUUCCCAAGUGGUGAAGCGAUGGAUGAGACAAACAGUGAGGUGAUGGACAAGACAGACUGGCAGCUUGUCACCCAGGACACCAGCUCCGGCUUGGAGGCACAACUCACACUCGGUCGCCAGCGAGCAUUGCAGAUGGGAUUCUAUUGGCGUCGGGACGAGGUUAUGAUUCGUCUCAAUAACCAUGUCGACAGGACAGGGAGCUCUCCACGCUCGCUGGUCGCGCUCCAAAAGGCGCCAAAGGUAGCCAUUGAGGUGCACGAAUUUGAUGCCGUGCUGCUCGUGGCCCGUGUGUCACCAACGUCACAGGCCAAGGAAGACAACAGCAUGAACACAUCUAUUCUACGCCAAUCGAAGUUCCUGAGCACAGUCGUGGCCCAAUGUGGUGUUCCUGUGCAUUCACUAAACUGUACAUCGGUAUCGGCGCACAGCAAUGGACUCGUUGAAAUCCUGAAGAGCAAGCUCAAGACACUCAAUGAGCGCGUCCUGGUGGUCUCCGUUGGCGUUGAUAGUCUAUGCCACUCCUCGGAGACAUAUCUGGACUUGGUCAACAUGAGCUACGACGGAGUGGGUUUCGGCUCGCUGUUAUGGGACCAUGACACGACUGUCGAUGUGUCGCUCCUCGAACGACAGCGCGCCCCACUACUUCAAGUCAACUUGCCUCUAGUACAGCCGCUGCUGUGGUUCCUACCUGGCAUGGGCAACAAUCCGCACCCUACUAUACUCCACGCCGAGCGUCAUGUCACCAAGUCGUCUGAGUGGGUGGAAGCUGUCACUCUCACCUCUUACCAAGGCGGCAAGAGCAUCGCGCCAGAACCCAUGAAGACAGCAGGCGAGCGAGGUUUCUCUGCGGGGCAAAUGGAGGCUUAG